AUGAGUUCUUCCCCACGACUAACCUACCUGAGUGUUGCUGAUGCUUAUCUACUCAACCGGACUUGGUCUUGGGGCAGCGAUGAACAGUGUCGUUGGUAUAUUGCCAACCUCAUCUCCUGCUUCCCAGUGUGUGUCCAUGAUGACAAGGGGAACCCUGUGUCUUGGUCUGUCACAGACCAGUUUGCCACCAUGUGCCACGGCUACACCCUGCCAGAGCAUUGCAGGAAAGGUUACAGCUGGCUGGUGGCCCUCACGCUGGUCAGGAAGUUGCAAAGCCAGGGAUUCCUCUCUCAGGGCAAUGUCCUGGAUGACAGCGUGUUCUCCAUCAGCCUCCUAAAAGGCAUCCAAGCCGAGUUCUUGCCUGGUCGAUUCUAUAGGCUUAUUCUCACCCCUGCAGCUUUCUCUGGGCAAGUUCACCCCUAG